AUGACGGAAUGUGCAAUUAUUGGCUGGAAUAUUCAACAACUUCUAGGCUCGUCCGUAGCUUUGGAAUUGCUCUUUGGACUGCCACGAUGGUUUGGAUAUCUACUUACUGGAGUAAAUACAUUUAUACUCUUAUCAUUUCAUGGACAAGGAGAUUCAGGUCGAUUCCUUGAGCUCGUUAUCUUGCUCUUGUUGAUUCUCAUGUCCAUGUGUUUCUUUGUGGAGUUUACAAUGAGUGAACCUCAUGCUAUUGAAAUUGUAAACGGAUCAUUGAUGGAGAUAAAGAUGGAGAGACAACAGGUAAUGCAAGUACUGUCGAUGUUUGGUGGUAGUAUACUACCUCAUAGUCGAUUUCUACAUUCGGCAUUAAUACAAGAGAGAAGACACACUGAGACGAGAAUCUCAGUGAGAGAUAUCAAGGAAGCAAAUUUUUAUUUUGGAUUGGAAACAGUCAUGGCGUUAUGUCUGACCUUCUUGGUCCAUGGAGCAAUUGUUUCUGCUUUUGCAAGCAGUUUCUUUAGCACUCAGUGUUAUGGACUAAGUAAUCAACCCGUUUCAAGUUUGUAUGGAAAAGACAUUCAGAUAUCGUGUAUUAUUGCAAAAGCGGCAUUGAGCUGGGUAGUUACAAUGCUGUUGUGUAGUGUUCACUACACGCUCGCGUACGAUAUUCUUCGCAAGCACCUUCCCGAUCAUUUGUCAACAAAUACAUCGUUUGGCCUAUUUAUCAUCGCGGGCCUCUAUAUCUCGCUGCUGCUGUAUUUGCUGCUAGUUUACCCAUCAGAAAGAGUGCGUUCACACAACGUUGUGAUUUCAUCAGCAUUUGAUGCAGUCGUUCAGUCUGAAAAGAAAAGUAAACGUGCCGAUAGUGACGAGGAGCCUCUACUGGAGCCACUGGAGCCUAAUAUCAUUGCAUGA